GCCGAGAGUCUAGACCGAGGUGCGCGCUCGGCUCCUGACUCCGCGGGAGCGCAGGCGAGCGGCCGCUCCCACCCCCACGCCCACCAGGCGCGUUCGCCGUCGCCCUCCCGCAUCCCACCGGCCGUGUCCAGUCACCCAGCCUGUCAGGGACAAAGCGGAAGGGAGGAGCAGCCCGCAGACCGGACACGUAAGCCCCCUGCGGACCCGCGGGUCGCCCCGGGGAGAGACCGUCCCGUCCCGCUAGCUAGCAGGUAGCCGGAGCCCGGACCCUCAGCCCGCGGGUGGCCCCUGCGGAGCGGGGUAGACUCAGCCGGUGUCCCGCAGCCCACCCCCGCCUCGGGCUCUCUCCCGCCCCGAGAUCAGCCCGCACCCGGCAGCGCCAUGGCCACGAACCUGCUGCAGGAUUGGUGCAAGGAGCUGGAGGUAGAGGUGCACCGGGCCCUGCUGAUCACGGGCAUCCCCGAGCGCCUGCAGCAGGCGGACAUCGAAGCCACCCUGAGACCGAACCUGCAGCCCCUGGGCAACUACAGGCUUCGCACCGUGAGAGCCGUGGCCAAGGAGAAGGCUCAGGCCGCCCUGGUGGAGUUUGGGGCGGACAUCGAUCACUCCGCCAUCCCCAUCCAGAUUCGGGGGGAGCACGGGACCUGGAAGAUCGUGAGUAAGGACCGCGGGCAGGACGCGCGCGUCCUCAGGCAGAUGAGGCGCCUGUUGCUGGAUGAGAGGCCCAUGGAUGACUUCCGAGAGAUAGCCAUCCCCCUGGUUCUGGAGGCGCAGGCCCAGGCCAAGGGCUUGGGGAAGGAGGCCAAGAAGGCUGGCUCCUCGGAGGGGGCGGCUCGGAACGGCCGUCGGGGCCGCCGGGGAGGCAAGCGCCGAUCCAGGAGCCACAAGUUGACGGCUCAGAAGGGCAAGAAGAGGGGCCGGGGAGGGCGCCGAGCCAGGAGCGAGUCGGAAGAGUCCUCCGACGACAGCCUGGGCAUAGUCAUAGAGGAGAUCUACGCAGAGGACCUGAACGUAGACGAGGACCAGAGGGCCCUCUACGCCACGCUCCAGGCAGCCGCCAAAGAGCUCACCAAGAAGUGGGCCUUCCGGGGGGAGCAGGACGAAGGAGACGGCCCCCGAGAGUUCCUGGCGCUCGUCACCGUCACCGACAAAGCCAAGAAGGAAGAGAUAGAGAAAGACCUCCCCGGGUCGGAGUCCAUCUGCUUAAACAUCAAAGACGAAAAGAGCGGGGUCCCCGAUUUAGUGGCGCUGCUGGCUGUGAGGGACACCCCGGCGGUGGAGAUAGACAGCGAGGCUGAGGAGGACGAGGAGGAGGAGGACGAAGAGGAGGAGGAAGAGGAGGAGGAGGAGGAGGACGACGACGACGACGACUCUGGCAGCGAGUGUCUGGAGAACGCGGAGGGAGAGAAGUUUGAGGGGGUGGACAACCCCGAGUUCGUGGCUAUCGUGGCCUACACAGACCCGGCCGACCCCUCCGCCAGAGAGGAAAUGCUGAAAAUCGCCUCGGUGAUUGAGACCCUAGGCUGGGGCGACAAGAAAGACAAGAAGGAUGUCCUUCCUCAAGUCCUGUCCGUCAUGUCCAAGGACACGUCGGGGCCCAGGGUGAAGGUAGAGGAGGCGGGCCGCCAGGUGGACGCCAUGGUCCUGAGGAAGGCGGAGGAGGACGGCAACCUGCUGGAAUGCAUUUCUACCCUGGCCGAAGCGGAGAACUGCCCCAAGGGAAAGAAAUCUGGGCUAGGCCUCCUCAGGGGCUGGAGCGCCGAGGGCCACCAGGGUGGCCUCUUGGAGCUCGUGGCCCUCCUGGCUGCGCAAGAUAUGGUGGAAUCGGUGAAGGAGGAAGAAGCCAGCAGGUGGGGAGGGGGGGGCAGUGGCGGCCGGAAGUGCGACCACAGCCAAGGCGGUCUGUCCGACGUGCUGGCUUUCCUGGCCUCCCAGGAGAAUCUAGAAUCCAACGAGGAGUCGGAGGAGGAUUCAGACACGGAGUCGGAGGGAGACUCCGAGGACACUGACAGCGAAGAGUCAGAACCCGGCGACAGCGUGUCGAAGAAGCCCCGCGCCAAGAGAGCGCGCACCGGCUCCAAAGGCAUGGCUCCCACCGGCGCCACCGCGGUCUCCACCGCGUCCCGGGCACGCAAAUCCCGCAGGGGUGGCCGCGGGCGUGGCCGCGGCGUCACUCCAGAGAAGAAGGCGGGGAGCGGGCCUUCAACCGAGGACCAUGCGGGGAACAAGAAGAAGAAGGGCUCAGCAGGCGCUGGGGCCCGCGCCAGGGCUGGCGAGGCCAAGGGCCAGCCAGCUGCAGUCCCCAAGUCUACCCGCGGGAAGAAAGCACGUAGGGGCCCGCGGCGGGCGCCCAAAUGCCGUUAGUGGCGUAGACGUCACUACAAGCCCUGUCUCCUGUGUGUUGACCCCCCUCCCCCCACUCCCUCUCCUCCCUGCAGUCCCUCUCUCGCUUAACCGCGUGCAUUUGCUUUGUACUCUGCCGCUUCCCUGGCUGUCUACGGCGGGUGCCCAGCUUUCCCUCUUAGUUCCAUGUACAGAUGGCGCGAGCGAGCGACCGUUAAGGCUGAAGCCUUGCUACAGCGAGGAAAGAGACAGGACCCUCCGAUGCGGUGGCCGGUGGGCGCGGAGGAGACUUCGGGCCUGGAAGACUGAGGGACUCCGCUCCACCUCGGGAGCCCCCGCGUGAGUGUGCGAGGUUGCCUGGAACUCCUGCGCGCCCAUCCUUCCAGGCCCUGAGAUCUACUGUGAGCCCCCUCUGGCCCGACGGGGGGCCUUGGGGAGAAGCAAGAGAGUGUUGGGCAUUGUGGGCAUUAGCUGAGCUUGGAAGGGCUAAGGGCCGUGCGUGUGUGUGUGUGUGUGUGUGUGUGUGUGUAAGUUGAGGGGAAGAUAUUCCAGGAGUGAAAGUCGGAGGGAGCUGGGAGGAGGCGGAGGAAUAAAAAUGGGGGAAAGGAGAGGAAGGGAAGGGUAGGGGGGGUGAGGAAAGGAAGAGGGAGGGGGGAGAAGAGGGAAGGGGAGGAGGAGGAGGAGGAAGAGGACAGGAGGAUGAAAGCGGGAAGGUAGGGUGGUGGCAAUAGCCCACCCUUCUGAGGCUCUGCAGGGGGGAAAGGGGGGAAGCCACACCCCCUCCCCCAGCCCUUGUCCACAGGUUGAACUGGUAAGAGUCUGCCGAAUGUGUUCUGCUUUGGAAAACUUAUAGGAAAUCCAGACUUCUGGUUUCCCUGGGCAAGCCCCCACCCUCCUACCAGGGAUCCCCAGCUCCCUCCUACCAGCUGUCCCUGGCCACUCCUCAGCUGUUUGCCCUCGUAAUUCUUGACUUAAUAUGACAAUGGAGUCCCUUGUUCACCCCCCGCCCCCGUGUGCAGUAAGAACCCAGAUCCUCCUAAAGGGUCAAGUGUCCCCGUUGUAGGAAGCAGUUGCUGUGCCCCACCCUGGCAUCGUCGCUCCCCAGUAAGCCUGGAUGGUGCUGGCCAGGCUCCAGCCCUCAGCUGUCCCCGACAGCAGCUGCUUCAGCUGUUGUGUUUUCCUGUAGUGCUACUGCCGAAGCCCCGAAGCCCCGGCAGCCUGCUUCUGUGGUUCGCUGUGUAGAUAAUGCUUUUCCCUGCACAGCACUUUCCACUCUCUUGUUCGUGUGUGUGCGUGUGUGGUGUGUGUGUGUCCCUGUCCAAGUUUCUAUCCCCAGGAAGUGACCAGUUCGUGGCGCCUGGACCUCUGAGAUGUAACAGAAUUUCCGACCUGUCCUCACAGCCCAGACUGGACUGUCCAACUACUCAGCGGGGACAUAAAGAGACUGCAAGGGUUGUGGGUACCUCUUUGUACUCAGAGGCAGCCCUCUCCUUGCUUCCCAGGACCAGUCAUGAUGAAAGGAGUGAUGGAGAAGGACACUAGAGUGUCCUGUGGCUGGAGAGGCAGCUGCUCUUUGUGCAGACUGAUGGACUUGGGGUCUGGUGGCUGGGGAGGGCCCCACGUGUCACUUCCCCCUGCAUAGUGAUAGGUACCUGUCCUUGUGUGCUGUGUGACCCGGGAUCCCCCAGUGAAACAUAAUGAAGCAUCUUGGUUGUUGUA